UCUCUUCUCUCUCUCUCUCAGUCUGCGAGUGCAGGAAAAUGGCAGAGGCCAGUAUUUCAGAAGAUCAGUGCCAAUUCAGCUGUCCAGUCUGUCUGGAUCUGCUGAAGGAUCCAGUGACUAUUCACUGUGGACACAGUUUCUGUAUGGUGUGUAUUAACAGACACUGGGAUAAGGAUGAUCAGAGCGGGGUCUACAGCUGCCCCCAGUGCAGAGAGACCUUCACUCCGAGGCCUGUUCUACGCAGAAACAACAUGAUGGCUGAAAUGUUGGAGAAAGUGAAGAAGCCAGAACUCCAAGCUGCUCCUCCUGCUCACUGUUACGCUGGACCUGGAGAUGUGGAGUGUGAUUUCUGCACUGGGAGGAAACGCAAAGCCAUCAAGUCCUGUUUGGUGUGUGUAGCGUCUCUUUGUGAAGCUCAUCUUAAACCUCAUCUGGAAAUUCCAGCCUUGAUCAGACACAAGCUGGUCAAAGCCUCCACACGACUACAGGAGAAGAUCUGCUCUCAACAUGAUGAAGUGGUCAAGAUCUACUGCCGUACUGACCAAAGCUGCAUCUGUUAUUUGUGUAUGAUGGAUGAACACAAAGGUCAUGAUACAGUUGAAGCUGCAGCAGAAAGAAAAAUGAAAGAGAAUCAGCUGAAGGAGGUUCAGAGGAAAUUCCAGCAGAGACUCCAGGAGAAAGAGAAGAAGCUGCAGGAGCUGAAACAGGCUGUGGUCACUCUUAAGCGCUCUGCACAGGCAGCAGUGGAGGACAGUGAGAGGAUCUUUACUGAGCUGAUCCGCUCCGUUGAGAAAAAGCGCUCUGAGGUAACAGAGCUGAUCAGAACUCAGGAGAAGAACCAGCUGAGACAAACUGAAGAACUCCUGAAGAACCUGCAGCAGGAGAUUGAUGAUCUAAAGAGGAGAAACACUGAGCUGGAGCAGCUUUCAGUCACAGAGGAUCACAUCCACUUCCUCCAGAGUUUCCAGUCUCUGAGUGUCUCUUCUGGAUGUGAGGACACACCCAGCAUCACUGUCCAUCAACAUCUCUCAUUUGAUGGAGUGAGGAAAUCUCUCUCUGAUCUGAAAGAGAGACUAGAGGAAUUCUGCAAGGAGGAGUUCAGUAAAGUCUCUCCACAUGCUGCAGCAGUUCAGACCAUCUUAUCCUCAGAGCCAAAAACCAGAGAAGAUUUUCUACAGUAUUUCUGUCGACUGACUCUGGAUCCCAACACUGUAAAUCAUCAACUCAGACUGUCUGAGCAGAACAGAGUGGUGAAGUACAGAGGAGGAGAGCAGCGUUACUCU